CCCUUAUUCAAGUGUUGGCCGUUGGGUUCUUGAAGUCGCCUUGCUCCCAUCAGCCAUUUCUCAACCCCAAAUCCCCUCGCCCAACCCAACCUAACCUCGACUCAGUUCUAGCCAUGGGGAUGGGUCGAAAACAAAGAGAAGUUGAAGCCUGUGAAUCCCCCAUCGACCCUGAUCUCAAGGCCGAGAAGAAGAAAAAGAAGUUCAAAGACCUCAGUAUCGAAGAACAGAAUAACCAUGUGCCCAAGAGAAGUCUUGAAGUGAUUAAAUCCGAGGAAGGUUCUGAUUCCAAGGAGUUAAACAAGAAGAAGAAGAAAAAGAAGAAUAAGCACAAGAAUAUGGAUGAUAAUGAGAAUGAGAAACAAACCGAAGAUGAGGAGAAGCCAGAGAGAAACAUCGUUAACGGCAGUGGUGAAGUAGUUGAUUCGGCUAAAGAUGAGAUUGUUUUGGUGACUGGGAAGGACGCGGAAGAAGCCAAAUACGCUCCUUUGAAAUCCUUUAAGGAGUCGAAGCUGCCGAGUGAUGUUCUUCAGUGCUGCCAGAAUUUCGACAGUCCUUCUCCGAUACAGUCUCGGGCAUGGCCUUUUCUAUUAGACGGUCGUGAUUUUAUCGGGAUUGCUGCAACUGGGUCAGGUAAGACUUUGGCAUUUGGGGUACCGGCAAUAAUGCAUAUUAUGAAGAAGCGGGACGGCAAGUUCUUAAGAGGGAGGACUCCGCUUUGCCUAGUAAUGUCACCUACGAGGGAGUUAGCUCAGCAAAUUUCAGAUGUUUUAUGUGACGCGGGGAAGCCCUGUGGUGUAGUUGCAGUUUGCUUGUAUGGAGGGACAUCCAAAGAGCGUCAAAUAACUGCUUUGAAGUCUGGUGUUGAUAUUGUCAUUGGAACUCCUGGUCGUUUAAAGGAUCUGAUUGAGAUGGGUUUCUGCUGUCUUGAGGAAGUAACUUUUGGGGUCCUUGAUGAAGCAGAUAGAAUGCUCGAUAUGGGAUUUGAACCAGAAGUUCGCUACAUCUUGAGCCAGACAUGUUCAGUUCGCCAAAUGGUGAUGUUCAGCGCUACAUGGCCCUUUUUAGUUCAUCAAUUAGCUCAGGAAUUCAUGGAUCCAAAUCCGGUUAAGGUUGUUGUAGGUUCAGAGGAUUUAUCUGCAAACCAUGAUGUUAUGCAGAUAGUUGAGGUUCUGGAUGAACGAUCACGUGAUGCACGUCUGAUUGCUUUGCUGGAGAAAUACCACAAAUCCCAAAGCAACAGAGUGUUGGUAUUUGUCUUGUACAAACUAGAAGCAACUCGGGUUGAACAUAUGCUGCAAAAAGGGGGUUGGAAAGCUGUUUCUAUACAUGGAAACAAAGCACAGACUGAACGUACAAAGGCACUAUCAUUAUUCAAGAAUGGAGCCUGUCCAUUGAUGGUAGCAACAGAUGUGGCAGCUCGAGGAUUAGAUAUUCCAGAUGUUGAAGUAGUUAUCAACUAUAGUUUUCCUCUGACCACAGAAGAUUACGUCCACCGCAUAGGGCGGACUGGACGAGCUGGUAAGAAAGGUGUUGCUCACACAUUUUUCACCCAGCAAAACAAGGGACUAGCCGGAGAACUGGUGAAUGUUCUCAAAGAAGCUGGGCAAAUUGUACCAGUUUCCCUGUUAAAGUUUGGCACUCACGUGAAGAAAAAGGAGUCAAAGCUUUAUGGAGCUCACUUCAAGGAAAUUCCAGUGGGUGCUGCCAAGGCCAAAAAGAUUACAUUUAACAACUCUGACGAUGAAGAUUGAAAUAUUGAUUCAUUGAAACUCAUUGGCUUAGUAGGAAAAUAGCCUAAAGAAUAUAGAGAUAUCCUAGUUGCAAUUAGCCUUCAUAAGUUCAUGUUUUCUCCCAUUUAUAUAAAAUUUGCAAUAUUAUAUUUGAGGAGCUCUUGAACUCAGCUUUAUCAAAGUUUUGGGUACGAAUUUUGGGCUGGCAAAUGCAGUGUAUUGUUUCCUAUUUUUUGUUUUUUCAAAUUUUUCUAUCUUAAUUGGAACCGUUACAUUUGGUGA